UGCCCUAAUUCACCCCCAAUUUGUCAACUUUUAACAUUUCUAUUCUGGACAGAAGCAGAGCAUCAUCACAUCCUCCAUAUUCGGUAGCCCAUUAAAUAUAAUUUUCCACGAGGUUAGUAGUUGUAGAGAGCUAGUGCUGCAACAAUGGCGAACCACGAUAGCAACGGGGAAAUUUUAAUGAUCGAGGCUCCGCCGCAGCCCUCGGCUCCCACUUGGCCGGGAUCAUCGAGCGCCGAACUCAUCGACGCCUUGCCGUACAUCGACGGCGACUACGGCAACGCCAGAGUCAAGGAAGAGGUGGACCGUUUGGUCGAGGAAGAGAUGCGUCGGAGCUCGAAGAAGCCCGCUGACUUUCUCAAAGACCUACCUCCUCUGCCCAAGUUCAAUUUCGAGAAUAACCCAAUGAUUGCUAGAGAGUAUGAGCGCGUGAGAGCUGGAAAGCCACCCGUGCCUCUUGACAGGUCAAGGUAUAAUUUAGAACCACCACCUAUGAAUAAAAGGAAUGAUGAAACAGCUUGGAAGCAGACACUUCAGAGAGCUCAAUGCUUGCUACAGUACCAAAUGAUCAGUCUAGAAAAUUUGGACCUGAUGGUCAAAUAUGGUCCAGAUCUCUGGAAGCAGUUCAUUCAACGAUUGGAAGUAUUCCUGUCAAGAACGCAAAAAUUAGCUCAGGAACAAAAUGAAAAGAUUGAAACAGUGAACCGUGAAAGAAAAUAUCAUCAGCAAAAUACUGCGUAUGAGCUUAGUGCUUUGUCCAUACAAUGGAAGGAGCUUUGUCAGAAAAAUAUUCAAAUUCAAACUGCAUGUACUACGAUUGAAAAUCAUAUAGAAGAACUGAGGAAAGAAGCAUCGGAGAGAGGCUGGAACCUGGAAGCUGAUUUACAGAAUGGUUCUGUGUUGCAUUCAUAAUGAUCGGGGGACCAUCUGUCGCAAUGAGAAAAAUGAAUACCAGAUGAAGACUCCAAGUGACAUCAGAACAUUGCUUUGAGAUGGCAUCCUUGAUCUAUUAUAAGUAUUAGUUUUGCUACUUUAGUACUUAAGAAUUUGAUAUAUGAAUUGUUUCUAGUAUUAUCAAUGCAUUGAUCUAUUUUCAGUGGUUUCAACCA